AUGUCGGCAUGUGGUGAAAGUGGUCAUAUUAGGCGUAACUGUAUUCAUCCAUACUGCGAUGAUUGUGAUCAAAUUAAAGUAAGAUGUUCUUCUCAACCUAAGGCUGUUUGGGAUGUUGGUGUCACCGACGUUCCUAGUGAUGUUAUAGCUGUUGAUCACUCUUAUGUUGUGGAUAUUGACGUAUUAAGAUCCGAGACAGUUGAAGAUAAAUGUGAAUCGUGUACUGAUGAUGUAAAUGGUGAAGAAUUGAAGGAAUUGGAUUUAAAUGCUACGUGUAAUGAACUCGGUGAUGAUGAGAAUCAGUUUACUGAUGAUGGUGAAGUUAUGGAAAUGACAGCAGGUAUUGGUUUUGAUGAAGGUAGAUAUAGCGUCUUUAAAUCAGAGGCUUCGGCAGCUGGGAAGAAGAGCAAGGAUUUUGGUUCUAGGUCUCAGAUUACACUCCGGUCCGGGAAAAUUCAAUUGAAGCGAAAGGGGAAGGCAAGAAAGGAACGUCAGGAGAAAUUUAAAGUUGUUUCAGAGCGCUUAAAACAUGCCAAAUAA